ACUAGACUGCAUUACAAACAGACGAUACCAUCGCUUCAACAGCAUCCUCUCAGACAAGAGCCACUAUUUCCUGAUUCAGAUCACCUGUCAUCGAAGUUUAAAGAAGGGGAAACAGGAGACAGAAAUACACUGAACCAAAAAGAUUCAAAAGAGCAAUAUAAGAAGUGGAAUCUCUAAGAAUGGCUUCCAGCCACUGGAAUGAAACCACUACCUCUGUUUAUCAGUACCUUGGUUUCCAAGUUCAAAAAAUUUACCCUUUCCAUGACAACUGGAACACUGCCUGCUUUGUCAUCCUGCUUUUAUUUAUAUUUACAGUGGUAUCUUUAGUGGUGCUGGCUUUUCUUUAUGAAGUGCUUGACUGCUGCUGCUGUGUAAAAAACAAAACCGUGAAAGACUUGAAAAGUGAACCCAACCCUCUUAGAAGUAUGAUGGACAACAUCAGAAAACGUGAAACUGAAGUGGUCUAACACUCUACAGAAGAUGAACAAAAUCUCUGAAAGCAGCUCAACCUCUUCUGAGAAAAAAAAAAUCUUCUGAGGCCAACUGUUGCUACAAAACAAAUUCUGACUGAAUGGUUAAAACAUUUCUAGCAGAAGGGGAAAAACAAGUUAAAUAUGCACUGUUUGUGUGUAUAGCCAUUUCAUUAAAUAUACAGUAAAACUUCAUAAAUGUGAAUUUACUGAUCUGUUUAAUACUGACACUUCAAAAACUGGAUAAAAGAUUCCUAGAGUUCAAUAUUAAGCAGCAAAAGAUAAGCUGGAAAAGACAAGCAAGGCUAAUGAUGCUAAAAUGAUUUUAUAACUAACCAAUUCAUGUAGACAAAAAAUAGUGUGUUGGUAACAAAAAGGCUAUUUAAAACAUGUUUCUAAGUCUGAAGUAAAAUAUUUCCACUUAUAUAUAUAAAGUCCCUAUUUAUUAAAAAGUAGUAUUUUCU